CUGAGUUAAUGGCAGCUAAUUGCUAAAUCUUGUUCUUUCCUAAUCCAUUGUCGUUGCUGAGACGUCACUUCGCUUAUCACAAAGUCGAGAGUCUUCCUUUUAUAUAUUCCAUCUUUACCAAAUCCGAUUGCAGAUUGCAGUUGUUGCGGCUGCCAAUUGCAGAAACAACAGUUAACUUUGGGGGCGGGGGGGAACUUGAUUUUCAUGGAUGUUUCCAGUUUACAGAAUUGCUAGUUAUCUUGAUUCCUGUAGGAGGCAUGAUGUUAUUACGAAUUCCGCGGUUCUAUCAUGGUUUUCUGAGGCUAAGGUUCAAAAUUCUUGUCAAGAGAACUGUAACAUUGUGGUUUCUCUAAACCAGUUGAAAAAUGAUGAUAUUCCUCCACUGAUCGACGUAUUUCUAGAUAUAGACUCGUCUGAUAUCGAUGCUUUUCACGUCCGCCAUCAUGGAACAACUUCUGUCCUGAAUGAAGAACAUGUAUUUUCUUUGAUGAAUGCAAUCAAACUAAAGCUGAGACUAACUCUAAAGAAGGACUUUCUCCGGGAUUUCUUCAAUGUUGGUAUACCUUGCUGUGUUUUAAAGUUGAGGUCUAAUAAUAUCCAAAAACUCGACAUGAUUGGAAGGUUUAUGCGAUUGCACACACUGAAUUUGGACUUCUGUACUUCACUCACUAGUUUGCAAAAAGACUGCUUUUCUUGCAUGCCAAGUCUGAUGCAUCUAUCACUGUGUGAGACGAGAGUUGCUAAUCUCUGGACAACAACCGAAGUUCUAGCAAAACUUCCUUCUUUGUUGGAACUACGGUUCCAAAAUUGUUUGUGUUGAAAGGAUACUGGACCUUGUCAUGUGUCAUCUAGUGAGGAAGAAAAUCUCGAUGACAAGGACUGCUCAAAUACUAUUAAUAUCUGAGGAAGACUCUUUGGCACUGUAGUUGAUACAUUGAAAAGCUAUGAUUCAUCGGAAGUUGAUGAACCUAAGUUUUUGGGUUACCUUCAAAACCGAUUGGAAAAUUUAGCCGGAAUGCUUCAUAAUUUAUCUGCAGAGCUGAAAUUGCAA